AUGAGCGCCGAGGAGAUCACGCCUUUUCUCGAUCUCGCGGCGAAUUAUGCCUUGCUGAGCCGCUCGCGCACUGCCCCCCGCGAUGCGCUGCGCGGUCGCACCGUUAUCAACAUGUUCUUCGAGGACAGCACCCGCACCCGCACCAGUUUCGAGUUGGCGGGCAAGCGUCUCGGGGCCGAUGUCAUCAACAUGACGGUGGCCACGUCUUCGGUGAACAAGGGCGAGACGCUGCUCGAUACGGCUGCUACGCUGAACGCCAUGCGCUGCGACCUUCUGGUCGUGCGCCAUGCGCAAUCGGGCGCGCCUGCCCUUCUGGCGCAAAAGGUCGAGGCCAGCGUGGUCAAUGCCGGUGACGGCAUGCAUGAGCACCCGACACAGGCCCUGCUCGAUGCGCUGACGAUCAAGCGUCAUCUGGGCACGCUGAACGGUCUUACCGUCGCGAUAUGCGGUGAUGUGGGUCAUAGCCGCGUGGCCCGUUCGAACAUCCAUCUUUUGACCGCCAUGGGCAGCAAGGUGCGUCUCGUGGGCCCGCCGACGCUGGUGCCUGCCGCCAUGGCCUCUCUCGGCGCCGUGUCGAUCCAUCACGAUAUGGAAAGCGGACUGCGCGACGCCGAUGUGGUCAUGACGCUGCGCCUGCAACGCGAGCGCAUGGGCGCCGGUCUGGUGCCGAGCGCGCGCGAAUUCUUCCGAUUCUAUGGUGUCGAUAGCCGUCGCCUUGCGCUGGCGAAGCCGGGGGCGCUGGUGAUGCAUCCGGGACCGAUGAAUCGCGGCGUCGAAAUUGCGUCAGACGUGGCCGACUCGGUGCAGAGCGUCAUUCAGGAACAGGUGGAGAUGGGCGUCGCUGUGCGUAUGGCCGUUCUCGACCGUCUUUCACGCAUGCGGACAGCGUCAUGA